UCCAAUUCUAAAAUUGUUAAUUAAUUAUUCUUAAUUAGUUUAAUUAGAAUAAAUUUUUAAUUGGUGCAAUUUAGUUCUAAAUUCUGUUCUCAUUUAAUCUUUAUACGUGUUCUCAGUGUUCAAACCAUCGAUUCUUUAACUAUGUCUUCUAGAAGACUCUUAUCCUCACGUUCAAUCAACAGGCAAAAUAGAGCGAUUCAUUUAAGCUCACAAGAGUCAUAUCUUUCUAGUUUACCGGAUUUCCAAGAUCAAGACUCUGAUGUUUCUAAUCAAUUUGAUGGCUCUGAAAGUGAAAUGGUUGAUUCUGAAUCAAUAGAAUCAACCAGUUUUUCUGAAUCAGAAAACGAAUCUGAUCCAGAAAGUUUGAAUCAUAACUCUUCAGACAAAAAACAACCAUCCAAAAAAGAUUAUUGUGAAGCAGUAUUGUCAUGUAUGAUGUCUGUUGUUGGCCUCAAUCUUUUGCAAGCAAGUUCAAUGGUGAAUUUGGUGAACAACUUGAAUUUCAGAUUUUCCAAGAAUCCAGUUCUACUACCAAGUGCUCGGUACCAUUGGGACAAACAAUCAAAAGAAAAUUUGAUUCAUACUUAUUUGAUUUGUGAUAAUGGUCACUCACAUGGGCCCUUCAAAGGCGACCCCAAAGAUUUCGGAUUCUACAGUUGCUAUCAAGAAAGAGUACCGGCAACAUUAAAAAGUGAGAAAUUCUUUCUUCAUGUUUGCCUACGACGACAAUUCGAAAACCAUUUACCGUCGAUUCCAUCUGAAAGUUGGAAUAUAGCAAGUUCAAGGAUCAAUGAUGAUGUUUCUUCAGCUACUCAAGCUAAGAAAAUAAAAUCUUCUGUUUCCGAAAAUGGAGUUGUAAAAUUGACAUUGACUAUUCAUGGUGACGAGGUCCAGGCGGGAAGUAGCUCCACAGUUAAGAUAUUUCCUAUUUUUAUUUCAAUCAAUGAAAUUCAGCCUGAAUUUAGAAGAAAACAUUUCUUUCUCGCUAAUCUAUUCGUUGGUAAAAAUAAACCUUCAGUUUCCAGCUUUCUUGGACCUUUGAUACAAGAACUCAAGAGUCUGGAGAAUAUCCCAGUUUCUUGGAUCGAUGAACAGAAUAAAGAAUGGAAAUGUACUUUUCAUUUAGUUUGUCUUAUUGCCGAUGCACCUAUGAGAGCCUAUCUCAGGUCAGUACGUCAAUUUAAUCACAUACAUGGAUGUGAUUGGUGUCUCAUCAAAGCAUCUUCAUCAAGAGGUGCAAGAGUUUUCCCUAAUUUGGAAAGAUCAGAAUCAAAUACACUGAAACGAAAACAUUCUGACUUUAUAAGAUUCGCUGAUUCUGGUUUAGAAAACGGUGAUGAUUCGUUGAAUCAGAGAUUCGCAGGAUUAAAUGGAAAUUCGCCAUUUCUUGAACUGUCAUCAUUUGACAUGGUGAAAAGUAUUAGCGUUGAACCAAUGCAUUGCUUGGUUCUGGGGAUUUUCAGAUCUUUGAUUACCAAAGGAUGGUUUGGAACUGAUCAACUUGAUCUUUUUGAAAGAGAUGUCAAUAGAAAUAUUCUGAGAGAAGCUCUCUCAUCAAGAUUGCUGCAGAUUAAAGUUCCCACUGACUUUGGACGUGCUCCUCGAGAUCUAAAUCAGCUACGAUUUUGGAAAAGCGCUGAAUUCGACAGUUUCCUAGUUUAUUACCUGUUCUCCACGAUCAAAGGUCUUCUCAAGCCACGGGUAGUAAAACACAUGAUGUGCUUAGUCAGAAUUUAUUUCUUAUCACAUCGAGGUCAAAUAAAUAGAGAAAAAAUUGACGAGUUAAGAAACCUCAUCGAAGAGUUUCAAUCAGGAGUCGCUGUUCACUAUGGUACUAAUUUUUUGACAUAUAAUCUUCAUAUUUUAACUCAUAUGCCAGAUUCUUUGAUCAACUUGGGACCGAAUUCGAAUGUAUCGUCAUAUCCUUUAGAGGAUUACAUGGGAAUUCUUAAAGAAAAGGUACGACGUUCUUCAAAUAUUGCACCUUCUCUCGUACGUACUUUUAUCAACGAUUUCAAGUAUCAAGAAAUAUUGUUAACCAAGAUCAAUGAUUGGCGAUUGAACGAGUCUGAAAUGGAAGAUUUUGGAUUCAACAAAUUCGUUGAAGGUAAUGGAAAAACAAUUUAUAUGAAAGAUAAAGUGCUUCCAGUUGAUAAAAUCAAAUUUCUAAGAAUAAUUAGAGAAGAAAUAUCUUUGGAAGAUAAUGAAGUCGAAUUUUUCAAGAGUGUUUCGAUCAACAAAAAAAGAUUCUCAUCAAAAAAAUAUGUGACUGGUAAAAAGCGAAAUGAUUCGGUAAUCAAGAAGUUUGAUGGAGGAUUCUGGGAAAUCAUAUCCAUUGUCAGAAUAAGAAGUCAAGGUCCUGUGGCGAUUUGUAGGCAGAUUCCUACAAAUGCGGUGAAAUUUGACCACAGUGGAUUCACAGGAAGGUUCGUUAUUCGAAUUGAUCAUAUUCAUGAAGUUAAAGUUCAAAAAAGAUCUCAAGAGAUUUUUUCUUUGAUCAUGUUAACGGCAAAGACUAAGAAAGCUUUUUACAUUCCGAGCACCGAACUUAGUCCGAAGCAUCAAAGAGAUCACGUGGUUGACCCUUUCCUAGUUAACGUUUGACGCUCUUACAUUGUUCAGUGUUCAUUCAAUUUUCUUUGAAAUUUUAUUUCUUUAUUGUGAUUAGUUAAUCAUUUAUUCAUUUUUCUAGUUUUAAAUUGUUACUUAAUCUUCCAAGCAACAAGUGUCACAAGGAAAUUUAUUUAAAAUCAACUAAAUCUUUCAAAAAAAAGUGAUUAAAAAUUCAUCAAUUUGUGUUUCUAUGAAAUAAGCGUCGAAAGAUCAAAGGUGAUUCCAAUUCAGACAAUUCAUCGCUUAUCCUUGUUAAUUAUUCAAUCAUCUUAGUGAAACUCUUCUUCUUCAUCAUCUCCAUCAUCUCAAUCAUCUUUAUCAUCUUCAUCAUUUAUCAAUAUCUUCAAAUCUUCAUCAUUUCUUCAAGAUCAGAAAAGUAAGAUUUAGAAAAAUGAGUAAAGUUGUUAUCAUGAAAUAUAUUCAAAGAUAUCAAAAUGUUCGAAUUUUCUUUAAAAAAAACAAAGUCAUUAAAAAGAAACAAAGAUUCCAAAUGAUUCUAAAUUUUAUAUACGCAAUUAAGGAUUAUCAAAGAUUGGAGAAAAAAGCCACCAAAAGAUUCAAUAACAACAAUUCUAUGGAUUUUGAAAUGGAAAUACAAGAAAUGGACACUUUCUAAUUAUUCAAUAUCUCAGAUCCAAUUUUCAAUUGUUUUUCUUUUCAAUUUAUUCUCACGUUGAAUCUUCUUAAGAGCUUUAUUUCAUAUCAAAUAUUCCAGAACAUUUUACUUUUUCAAAUAUCUCAGUACAAAUUUUCUAAAUGAAUUUCAAUCAUAUUUUACACAACAAAAUGUUAAAUCAAGAAUCAUUGAUUCUCCGAAAUUGUAACUUUUCACCAAAUUUUUAUCUCCGUUGAUCUCACCAUUGUGAUUUGAAAAAGAUCCAUAACUGAAAAUUAAAAACCUUGAUUCUUAGAAUU